AUGGAUCUCUUCAAACCGUUCAAAAAAUCCACCUACGUGGCAUUAUCACAAGACGAUGGUGCUCCGCUUCCUCCUCCCGCAACACAACCAAACCAACUGACAUUUAAAACUCGCUUGCAAAAGCUUAAUCCCUUCCGCAGUCAGUCCGUAUACCUCAAUGACGACGAGAACUAUGUCACUUCAGAACCUGGAUACUUUGAGCUUUCUAGAUGGGACCGUAUGCUCAUCUUUGCAUUGACGUUUGGAGGGUCGGCAUGCUGCUACUUGAUCUGUAUAUUCUUGUUCCCGGUUUUGUCGUUGAAACCACGAAAGUUUGCAUUGUUGUGGUCGUUGGGGUCUAUUUUUUUCUUGGUGAGUUUUGGGGUUCUUCAAGGAUUCGUUCCCUAUCUUCAACAUUUGUUUCUGUCCACUCGAAUCAUCUUUACCGUGGUGUUCGUCACCAGCAUUAUCAUGACUCUCAUCAGCAGUUUAUCCCUCCACAGUACUCUCCUCUCGAUAAUCUUUGCUGUGAUUCAAUUGAUAAGUGCCGUGUGGUACACUGUCAGUUAUUUUCCACUUGGUCGCCAGACCCUCAAUUUGGCUGGAUCUGUGGCUCGAAGCCAGGUCGACAGCUGGAUCAGAACGUGA